UCCUCGUCAACCAACACGCAAACACUCACAGUUCCAAAAACCAAAUCAGCAGUUCAAUAAGAAUAAUAUCAAAAUGAGCCACGCAAUCGACGUCUCCGCCGGACCCCUGUUCGGUGCCGGCCGCUUCCGCUCGGCGGUACCACCCUCCUUGAGCCACCCUACUCGCAAUUCCGGCCAAAUUAGCUUCAGUUCCAAUAUCGCGCUCCAAUCUCCCCGUUCCAGCAGGUCCGUCAGACCCGUUCAAACAGCAGCCGCCGCCGGGAGCAGUCUCUGCGUCAGCACGGAGAGCUUCUACGACUUGCUGGGGAUUCCAGUUAGCGGAACGCUGCCGGAGAUCAAGCAAGCGUACCGGCAGCUCACUCGGAAGUACCAUCCGGACGUUUCCCCGCCGGAGAAAGCAGAGGAGUACACGAGACGAUUUCUUGAGGUCCAGGAGGCCUACGAGACGUUGUCGGAUCCCGAGAGCCGAGCUCAGUAUGACAGAGAGUUGGCCUCUGGAUUCCACUUGGCCUUCUCUGCUCGAAAGCAAUUCCACAAGGGGAUGGAUCCGCAAGGCGAGUGGAAACAGAGGUGGGAGACUCAAAUAGACGAGUUGCAGAGCAUGCGCCAGAGGAAACAGAGAUACAGCUACUCCUGGGGAGAUAGAAUGCGGAGUCAAAGAUCAUGCCAAUUCAGUUUCAAUUAGUGUUUCUGGUUUAGAAUAGAGAUGACUUGUACAUAUUUCUUCUUGAAUCCGGUGGAUUUAGGAAGCAGAGGAAAUCUGGUGAUUUUGGAUCGAUUUGGAAUGUAUAUCAUAAGAAUUAGAGAGAUGUAAUUAUGGUGGAAAUCAAAAUAAAUAAAAUUUUGAACU